AUGGUUGUGAAAUUAAAAAACCUCAACGUGGUCGCCCAAAGAAGAAAGAUAACUGUAAUGGAGUCUCGUGUUUGUCAAACUAACUUGAAAAUUGAGUACGGCAACGCAAAAUCCUGUAUCAAUUUGUUUAAACUAUCUCUGAGGAGCGAUACAUUUGGAGUUGUAUGGGCUGAACGGUUAAGAGAAGUAGUUGGAAUUAAUGUAAACAGCUUCCCUGGUUUUUUGCAACUUGGGUGUAGUGUUUGCGCAAUAAAAAUUAAAAACUGUUGUGAACUAGUGGAAUUCCUUUCCAGACGUUUUGGAUCGGAGCAAAUUCGAAACGCUGUCGCUGUGGAGUCUGGAGAAGAACUGGACUGUGAAGGUAUUUGUGCUAGUGAAGGCGAUAAAAGAAAAUUUUCUGCGGUUUUGUCUCCAGCGAGAAGCAGUCCACAAAACUGUAAAUUGAUUAGAACUCAAUCGCCGCUAAAGGAGAAAAACACCGCUACCACAAGAAGAAAAUCUCUGAAUUUCCACAACGGAGGAUUUUCCAGAGCACUACAUUCCAACGUGCUUUCAAGUUGUAAUGUAGAUGAUCUCGACACUUCGCAUGUUUUUGCCGACGUUAAAGUCGUUAUUUGCUACCCAAGUGCUGAGGUUUCUGUUAAAAGUGCCAUUGACGAUGAAAGCCAGAGGGUCAUAAAGAACAUCAGUUUGAAAAAGUGGAAAACUGUUGCGAAUGGGCUGUUUCUACACGAACACCUCGCUCCUGAAUCAAAGAGAGUUUUCUCGGAAGAGAUCGCAGGCGAGUGCAAAAAUUAUUCAUCAAGUGAUGACUGUGCCGUAUUUUCAAAUAAAACUCUUUGCAAAGAGGUGGAGAUGCACUGUCCGCUUUUAUACGAAGCAAUAUGCAACGGGUCAAAUUUGACGGGGGUGGAAACCGGUGAAGGAAACGAGAGAGUGGUGAAUGCAGUCGCUCUGGCAGUGGCGUCUUUAAUUCGCUGCAGAAACCCUGGAAUGUCUGCAGUAGCCUACAGAAUCUCCACUAUUCUUUUUCACAGUGGAGUUUCAUACAAGGACUAUGGACGAUUAAACCAUCUGGGAGUUUGCAUGUCCCAGGACCAAAUGAUUGCUUUACAGCAGAAAAUGGGUGAGAACUUUGAUUACAAAGCUAUAGUUUGGCGGAAAUGCAUCGAAACAAAUAAAUGCACAGAGAAACUUCUUCUGGAAGUGAAAGAGAAGCAAGUUCCAGAUAGAGAGGAAGACGACAUGGACAUAGCGAUAGAAGUGGACGCAAGUGAGGCAACAUUGAAAACUUAUGAAUGGUACACUCCUGAAAAUUAUCAGCGUACUGUGACACAGCUGGAGAAGUCACGGCAAAUUCUCAACGAAACUAACUACAACAGUGAUGUAAUCGAUGAGGCAUUGAAGCGACAGGAAAACGGAAAGCUUCCUUUAUUGAAGUAAGUCAUGUGGGUUGAACGAAAGUAUACUAAAUUGGUGUUCGUAUGAGAGAAUUACAGAGGAAGAGGAUGUGUUGGUGGGUCGUUUCUUUUGGCAGCCUGGUAUGUUUUGAUAUAAACUACUUCCUCUUGGAGGAAGAAUCUCUUUAAAUUUCGUAGUCAGUGUACGUUUAUAGUGUUUUUUUUUUAAUAGUGUGUUUCAUUCUAUUUUCCUUGGAACCUAACGAGACUUUGCCGGAUUGACAUUUUGGUAUCCUUUGUUGCCUACAAAACUAUUUAAAAGCGUCGCCCAAUUGCCAAAUCUAUUUUUGCUAAAAAAAACUGUGUUGUUAGUGUAAAAAAAUAUACGGGUACAUGUUUUUAUUUCUUGCUUUGAGAGGGAUUGGAGGGGGGGGGGAGAGGACGUGGGCAAAGGAACAAAAAAAAGUUACACAAUUCAAGUAAUCUAGAUGUCCCCAUCUGCCCUAUUACAAAAUUGAAUUUUUAAUAAUAUAUCUCUCCAUAGUGAAACAACUUGAUCACUACAAAUGAUUUUUUUUUUCUUCGUGGUCAACCCUCUCCUCCACUGAUAGGAAAUAAUAAUAAUAAUAAUAUUUUUGCAUUACCCAACAUAGGAGUGUUGCAGAUAAUAUUGACUUGACUAUCAAUGCUCGAAUACAAACCAAAGAUCAUGUCAACCGCUCCCUUCACUGGACCCAUCAGUAUGCUGUCCUCGAUAAAGUGGCAAAUUCAUCCUACAAUUCCAUGAAACUACAAAAAUCCAUCUCAGACCUCCAGUUUAUUGAUUUUCUGCCAGAUUCACUUGUACAGACAAAUCUUGUGUGGCAGUGGGCAGUGCUUGUGAGUAGAGUGGUCACAAAAUAUCUUCCAGCCUUCAAAGUCUUCAGAAGGAAUGUGAUUUUUUACAUUCCACACAAGUAUGUUGAAGAAAUGGCACAAAAAUCUGAAACGGUAUGUGCAUUAAAAAGUUUCACUGCCAUUCAGGCAGGGAAGAGGAAUAGCACAAUUUUAUUAUUUGGCAUGUUUUUCUCCUUUUUAACUGUUUUGAUAAUGCUUAAGAUUAUUGUUUUCUGUAUAAUAUAGUGUCCUUUAUUUACCGCCACACCUUCCUCAUCAAAAGUGGUGACAAUAAUUAUUGCAAGGCUGUAGCUGUUAGGUUAGUUCCAAAGAUACCACUACAAUGAAAUGUUAUUGUUUAUCACUACAUGUGCAAGAUAAUAACGUUCUGUCGGCUUUGUUUUAACAAUAUAUGACAUUAAUUGAUAAGCAGGUGGACCAUUAUUACACAGGUGAGCUUAGCCCUCACUAAGACUGUUGUUGAUAGUGACUGAACUUUCAACCUAGUGUUCAGUUUUUGUCUUCACAAUAAUUUUUUUGCUUUUUAUUUUUUCUUCUUACAGUGUUCACUAGGAAUGGAGUUCCAUAACCCUAAUGUAGCUGCAGAGAUGGUAGAAAUCUUGAAAGAUUACCAGUCUCGAUAUGUCCCAUGUUUCACCAAAGAGAACAAGAAAGAAGUAGUUGCUACCGUCCCAGUGCACGGUGACCAACUUUUUGAAGAAAGAGCAAGGAAUGUUGAAUGGGCUAUGAGAGAUGGAGAGAGCAACUAUGAUAGACUAGAGGGAGUACCUCCAGAACACGCUGACUGGCAUGCCAAGGUUACACUAUACAAGGUGUGUUUAGUCGGGACACACCAGUAUUCUGGGUACUUUGGUAUAUUAAUUGAGCUAUUUCCAAUUAACUAAUAAAUUGAAAUUUUAAAACCAUUUUUUUAAGCAUUAUUAUGGCCAUGGAAUUUUGCAGAAGUCAUUUUGGGUAUUAUCCAGAUUUAAAUCCAAGUACAGUUUUUAUUUCUUGACACACUGUGAUGUUCAUCCACUCAUCAGAAUUAACUCUGUUGCACUCUUAACUGGUUUAACUUUUGGCAAAUUUUAAACCUGAACAGAUUACUCAGAAAAUAACCCAGUCAACGUGCUAAAGGUCGUUUGCAUUUUUUCUUUUAUUUUUCCCUAGACGGAAUUUGAGAUGUUUGUUAAAGACAAGUCAGCAAGUGAGAUUGGCACAUCAAGGGCCAGUAUGAAUCGUACAGGGAAAUUUAAUGCUGCCAAGGGUGUGCAGACAAACUACAAUGAAUACAAAGAUUUUCAUUCAAGGGAGCUGGAAGCCCACAUCUGUGUUUCUUUUAUGGAGAUGUGUGGAAUGUCAAAAGUAGAUGGUAAUAACAUUUUGAGGGUACCUUACUUUUCACGUGGAUUGUAUUUAUAUAAUUAUUAUAUAAUCUUGAGUUGUCAUUGACUGUGGAAUUUGAGUGAAUUGCACCACUGUAACUAUAGUAUUUCAUAUACUGCCUAUUAAGACCAGCUAGUGUUUUUUUUUACUUGAUACUGCAAGUUGUUUUAUCUCCAACAUGACUGUGACAAUAUUGUUCUCAUUUGAUAAUAUUAUUUACAGACGAGCCCUCCUUCGAGAUGCCAUCAAACACUUCUAGUGAUGAAAUGAAAAGUCAGUGGUUGCUUUCUCUUUGCAAACGUCAUGUAGAGAAGUAUGCAGUUUGUUCAGAUGUGGCAUGCUUGUUAGAGAAGACAGACGAAUUGCACCAGGCAAACCAACGCCAGUUCCAGUGCCGAUUUGAAGACUGUCAAAGGACAUUUGUGUUCCACUCCAGAAGAGUGCGGUCAGUGUAAACUACAAAAUAUCAGGGAAUUUUAAAUAUAUUAAACUUAAUGCACCCCUUGGAGGGGAAGAGGGGCACUCAAACAUUAUUUAGGUAUAGGUGGGCCAUCAAGGGUUUGUAACCCCGAUUCUGUUUAAGACAAAAAAAUCCUAAAAUACACACGCUGUCUAGGACACAAGACGUACACUGUUCAAGAACAGAGCGUGAAAUUGUAUACCCUGUUAAGGACAGACUCACCCAAAAUAAAAUACCCUGUUAAUGACAAAGAGGUCAGAAACCAUACCUUAUCCAGCGACAUGUCCCCGUAUAGGCCAUGUACGUGAGUACCUCUCCUCCCUGGGAUCAGGGUUUAAAGAAAGUCAGUUUUACAGCCUACCAUUCUGUCUGAUAUAUAUUUAUUUUCCUGAUUUGUCUGAAUGCAAGUGCUUAAAGUAAAACUAACAGUAGGCUCAAUGCAUUUUGAAUGGUUUUAUAUUAUUUUACAGUCAUGAGCUGGAAAGUCGCAACUUGAAGUUGCAAGUGUUUGAUAAAGAUGAACAAGAUUUUCUGGGGUACUUCCUUUGCAGAAAUAACUGUGGCCUUGUCUUUAGUACAAAGUCAACAAGAAACAGGUGAUUACGCUUGAUUAAAACAAAAAUGUAUUUUCAAUAUUGCAACGAAGUUACACUAGAACAUCACUGUGAUCCUAUAGUUUUCAGCAGCUCAUACAGUCAUGCAGUCCCUUUAAUUGUGAAAAAAAAAACUAGUGAAUAACACUUAGUCAUGUAAUGAUUACUUUGUAGUUUUUCUCACUUGAGUACAUAUAUAUGACAGCUAAGCCUACAUACCAGGGCUCCAGAGGGAAUGGAAAGGCAGAAUUCAAACAUGCUAGACUUUGUGUCCCUUGUAUUCUUGCAGGCUUGAGUUCCCCCUUCCCCUUUGAACAGCACUUAUCUAUCCUCAAAAGAUUGUUUUGUUUAACUCUCUCUUUUCAGACACGAAAGACAGGUUCACCCAGACUUUGUUGCCCCAGAGCAGCCUAACCAGCCAGAUGGUGACACUAAAGAGGAUAUUUUAUUCAACUACCACCAAUGUAAGUUGGCUUCUGGACUUAUUCUAAAGGGAUUUGAGGAUGCUGUGAAGGAAGGGAAUGGUCAGCGCCUGUUUGAGACAUACAAAUUACUUCUUCUUAUCUAUAAAGCUAACAAGCAUCCGAAAUAUGCCUAUGUCACCUUGCACUAUCUGGCAAAAAUAUGUGCCAUCUUACCCGAGUUCGAAGCUGAGAGGCUAAAGUGGAACAGGUUCAUUAAUUUGUAUGGUAGAAAGGCCUGCAACAUACCCUUUGACUUAAGGAAAGAACACCAGAACAAUCUGCUCAAGAUCAUGUGGAAAGAAGUGGGUCCCAAUUUGAAUGAAAAGAGUGCUGCAAGAAUUGCUGGCACUCUGGAUGCAGUGGAGUUGAUCUUGCACAAUGUUGAUAUUGAUUGCACAAUGUCACGUAGAACAGCAUACCGUUCUGUGGCAAAGAAGGAGGAAGCAGUUUAUCAAAUGAUCAAAGACCUCCUAUCCAUACAAGCAUUUAAAGUUGUAAGUGGGCGAGAAGGACAUCCCUCCUUUCCUGAUUUUAAUGCCAACUUGCUGCACGGUCUUGACUACAGGCAACUUAAUACUUGGAUCAAGGACACACUACACACAUGGGGUUCCAUUUAUGAAAAUAAUGAGUAA